CCGCGGGGAAGCGGGGAGCUGGGGCGAGUGGACGCGUGAGCCGACGGACCUGCGGACGGGACGGCCGCGGGCCCUGCCACCCCGCUGGACGCCAGAUGCGCGAGGGGACGCAGCCCCUCCCGCCGGGGGAUGCUGCGGGGUCCCUGGCGCCGGGCAUCCGGGCCGCCCCCCGCUAAGCCCCUGUGCCUGCCCCGUGCCCCUGGGGACCCGGAGUCCGGCCGCAGGGAAGGAGACGCCGCAGGGUGCCUGGCGGGGAGGGGGCCCGAGGCCCCAGACCCGAGGGCAUGGAGCGGUUAGGGGAGAAAGCCAGUCGUCUGCUGGAGAAGUUAAGACUCUCGGACUCCGGCAGCGCCAAGUUCGGCCGCAGAAAGGGUGAAUCCAGCCGGUCUGGGUCUGAUGGGACCCCCGGGCCGGGCAAGGGGCGCCUGAGUGGGUUGGGGGCACCGAGGAAGUCAGGGUCCCGAGGAGCUGCUGGGGGACCUGGGGAUGAGCCGCUGGAGCCUGCCCGAGAGCAAGGGCCCCUGGACGCAGAGCGGAACCCGCGCGGCUCCUUCGAGGCGCAGCGCUACGAAGGCUCCUUUCCCGGGGGGCCGCCGCCCACCCGGGCCUUGCCUCUACCUCAGUCCUUGCCCCCCGAUUUUCGGCUGGAGACCACGGCCCCGGCCCUAAGCCCCCGCUCCAGCUUCGCCAGUAGCUCGGCCAGCGACGCGAGCAAGCCGUCCAGCCCCCGGGGCAGCCUGCUGCUGGACGGCGCGGCGGCUGGCGGAGCCGGAGGCAGCCGGCCCUGCAGCAACCGUACCAGCGGCAUCAGCAUGGGCUACGACCAGCGGCACGGGAGCCCCCUGCCCGCCGGGCCGUGCCUGUUCGGCCCACCCCUGCCCGGGGCUCCCGCGGGCUACUCCCCCGGAGGGGUCCCGUCCGCCUACCCGGAGCUCCACGCCGCGCUGGACCGACUGUGCGCUCACCGGCCCGCGGGGUUCGGCUGCCAGGAAAGCCGCCACUCGUACCCCCCGGCCCUGGGCAGCCCCGGAGCACUAGCCGGGGCCGGAGUGGGGGCGGCGGGGCCCUUGGAGAGACGGGGAGCGCAGCCCGGACGACACUCGGUGACCGGCUAUGGGGACUGCGCCGCGGGCGCCCGAUACCAAGAUGAGCUGACAGCAUUGCUGCGCCUGACGGUGGGCACCGGCGUUCGAGAAGCCGGCGCCCGCGGGGAGUCCUCCGGGAUGGAGCCGUCGGGUCUCGAGGAGCCGCCAGGUCCGUUCGUUCCCGAGGCCGCCCGGGCCCGGAUGCGGGAACCGGAGGCCAGAGAGGACUACUUUGGCACCUGUAUCAAGUGCAACAAAGGCAUCUACGGGCAGAGCAAUGCCUGCCAGGCCCUGGACAGCCUCUACCACACCCAGUGCUUUGUCUGCUGCUCCUGUGGACGCACUUUGCGCUGCAAGGCUUUCUACAGCGUCAACGGCUCUGUGUACUGUGAGGAAGACUAUCUGUUUUCAGGGUUUCAGGAGGCAGCUGAGAAAUGCUGUGUCUGUGGUCACUUGAUUUUGGAGAAGAUCCUGCAGGCCAUGGGGAAGUCCUAUCACCCAGGCUGCUUCCGGUGCAUCGUUUGCAACAAGUGCCUGGAUGGCAUCCCCUUCACAGUGGACUUCUCCAACCAGGUGUACUGUGUGACUGACUACCACAAAAAUUACGCUCCCAAGUGUGCGGCCUGCGGCCAGCCCAUCCUCCCCUCCGAGGGCUGUGAGGACAUCGUGAGGGUGAUAUCCAUGGACCGAGAUUAUCACUUCGAGUGCUACCACUGUGAGGACUGCCGGAUGCAGCUGAGUGACGAGGAGGGCUGCUGCUGCUUCCCUCUGGAUGGGCACCUGCUCUGUCAUGGCUGUCACAUGCAGCGGCUCAACGCCCGGCAGCCCCCUGCCAACUAUAUUUGAGCUUGAUCUGCAGUCGCCUCUGCUGCCAUCACCACCUGACAGAUUAUUCUGGCCAGUGGGCCCCUCUGAGGUCAGCCAAGAUGAGGAACGCACUCGGCAGGCCUGGGAGGGGAGCUCUCUAGGGAGGGUCCCCAGGGCCAGAGACCCAAAGAUCGCAACAUUCCAAAUGGAUUGUGGAGGAGGAACCUUCUCAUUGCCAGGGUGGCGGUGACUGGCCAGCUUUCCACGUACAGGCAGGUUCCAGUACUUUCUGAACAGUGUCUGAUUCUGGGCUCUAUCCAAUUUAUGUUCGUGCAUAAGUGAAGAAUGUUCUGGUUCAGGAUUAUAGGGGAAAAGGACAUCAUGGAAGCUGUAAACGAGUCAGAUACGCGAUCAGCCAGGCAUUUUCCCUGGUAUCCAGUCUCUCUUAUCUGGAUGAAGAAUUGGAAACCCUGGACCUUAUUAACGAGUGAUUUCUUGGCUGCCUUCUCCCUGAGGACUAGGAGAGCUCCUCAUCGCUGCAGGGAAUGGGGACCCACUCUGGGUGGGCCUGCUGUGUGUAUUGCCUGUUUCUCAGGGACUCACGUGGACCUGGGAAGGCUGGGUGGGUGCCUGUACGUGGUUGCUCUUCUCAGCUGGGGCAGUGAGGAGCAGGUGUGGAUGUGAAGCUUGCUGGUGGGAUGUGUCCAGAGUCGCAGGCUCGCCCCUCUCCCAGAUGUAGGUGCACUGAGCUCUGCAGCCCAGCGGAUGCACACGUGGACACAUUCGUGUUCACACAUGCAUGUACACACACAUGCACGCUCUUGCUUCCCUUCUUCUCAGGUCAGUCUCGCGCCUAGUUCCCUGGCAGUAAAUAGCUCACCGCUCCAGACCUGCCACCUCUCAGUACCUCCACCGCCACCCCAAAACUCUGGGAUUUGGGGGUGCUGGAAGGAGAAGAACACUCUGAUUUGCUUCUAGUCAUUUUGGCUGAAACUAGUUCACCUAAAGCUAGAGCUUUUAAAACCAAUUCACUGAAAUUUGUUUGCUUGAGGUUCAGUUCACUUAAUGACUGAUUUGCCCAAAGCUCAACUCCCUUUUGGGUGUUUUUGUGUCCACUUAGGUGUCCUGUUCUCUUUUUUUGUCAUGCUUCAGGUAUUUCAAGAAUUUCUAUCUGCUCAUCCAAGAGUACUUCUGAGUUCUUAUCAGCAACAUAACUUUAUCAAAGUUGCAGCACUUUGUGAAUGAUGAGAUUGCUUCCUACCUUUAUGGAUGUCUUUUUCUAUGUUAUCUACUUUUCAAACACUUUUUUAAAAAAAGUUUAAAGUUUCUAGCAAUAAAUACAAUGGGU